AUGUAUGUGGUGAGCACAAGUCUUCGCACCACGCGACGGAAUCGUACUGCGACCACUCUGCGCUAUACUCCACGUCCCUUACCCAUCGCUCACUACACUCCUCGUCCCUUACCCAUCGCUCACUACCCUCCUCGUCCCUUACCCAUCAUCCCUUACCCAUCGCCCACUAUACUCCUCGUCCCUUACCCAUCGCUCACUACACUCCUCGUCCCUUACCCAUCGCUCACUACACUCCUCGUCCCUUACCCAUCAUCCCUUACCCAUCGCCCACUAUACUCCUCGUCCCUUACCCAUCGUCCCUUACCCAUCGUCCCUUACCCAUCGUCCACUAUACUCCCCGUCCCUUACCCAUCGCUCACUAUACUCCUCGUCCCUUACCCAUCGCUCACUAUACUCCUCGUCCCUUACCCACCGCUCACUACGUUCCUCAUCCCUUACCCAUCGCUCACUAUACUCCUCAUCCCUUACCCAUCGCUCACUACGUUCCUUGUCCCUUACCCAUUGCUCACUACGUUCCUCGUCCCUUACCCAUCACCCACUACACUCCUCAUCCCUUACCCAUCGCUCUCUAUACUCCCCGUCCCUUACCCAUCGCUCACUACGUUCCCUGUCCCUUACCCAUCAUCCCUUACCCAUCGCUCACUAUACUCCCCAUCCCUUACCCAUCAUCCCACUACGUUCCUCGUCCCUUACCCAUCGCCCACUACGUUCCUCGUCCCUUACCCAUCGCCCACUACACUCCUCGUCCCUUACCCAUCGCCCACUACGUUCCUCGUCCCUUACCCAUCGCCCACUAUACUCCCCGUCCCUUACCCAUCGCUCACUACGUUCCUCGUCCCUUACCCAUCGCUCACUACGUUCCUCCUCCCUUACCCAUCGCCCACUAUACUCCUCGUCCCUUCCACCCUCCAAACCAGCUCCACCAUAUGGGCUUCAUCAGGGGUCAAGUCCUGGGGACUUCAAUCCACUGUACCUUAGUAAUCCUUUAUGUUACUGGCCGCU